AUUUUUCUCAUGCAAUAUCGAUAUGACGAAAGAUGUCUCUCCAGAAGAAAUAUUUAUUGGGACCGUGCCCUUUGGAUGCUUUCUGUGUGUACAUUAAGACUUUGUCGAGUGUACAUCGUUCUGCCGUUGACUGAGUAUUUUUUCGAAGUAGCACCUUUUACAUUUUUCUACAAUGGGGACCCAUCAAACGAGUAUUAGUUGUGUUUUGGCAUCGCCAAAGAAUAUAAUUUUACUUGCACUGGGAUUAAUGUUAGUAAUUGAAGUCUCGGUUGGAUUGCCUGUCCUCAGUUCGUCGAAUUCAGAUAAUCAGCAGAUACAGACAUCUUCUCAUCGAAUGGUGAAGGGACAACGAAACGCUAAUCUGCCUCGAAAUAAGACGAAACUUUACAAUGAUGGUACGGCACACUCCAAGGACUACUUUAUCGAUGAUGAUAUGCUCUUUUUGACACGAACUAAGCAAAAUCGUGCCGGACAAUCCAAAGAGUCGUAUCGCUGGCCUGCCGGUCGUAUUCCGUUCACGUUUGCUCCUGGUUAUUCUGACGAAGAAAUGAAACAAAUUUACUACACCAUGAAGCACAUUGAGACGUACACAUGCGUCCGAUUUGUAUUCAGAACGGAAAGUGAUGAGAAUUUCCUGUACUUAAGAAAUGUCGAAGGAAAGUGUCAAUCGUUCGUCGGGAAUGUGAGACGAGGAGCACAACAAGUCGCAUUGGACCCUGAAUCCAGAAACUGUGCCUUUCCAAACUUUCCAGGCCAUGUAUUACACGAGUUGAUCCACGCAAUUGGAUUUUUCCACGAACAUGCCCGAGAUGACAGGGACAAUUAUAUUGAGAUCAUGUAUGAGAAUUUAUCCGAAGACGACGACGUACUCAGGAACUUUUACAAAAACUCCGAUUCAGAUAGAGCCACCGAAUUUUAUGGUGUCCCCUACAAUUACGGGAGCAUAAUGCACUAUUCUGAAAGGGCUGGUUCGACAAACGGAGAAAAUACGAUUACCAGAAGGAGCCCGGUACCCACAGGCGUUCCAAAACCAUUUGAAGGCGAAAUGGGACAGCGAGAGCGUCUCUCUGAAGGCGAUGUUCUCAUGAUUCGUAACAUGUACAAGGACUUGUGCCCAGAAAAUGCUAAAGUUUCACACGGAGCGAUUCCUGCAAAAUUCCCCGACGUCUUGGAUUGGGUUGUUGAACAAGAUCGUGGCGACGCAAUUAAUUUUCCUGUAGAAUCCGUGACGGAAGAUGAUGACGAUGAUGACGACUAUGAUUACUCAUUGAGUGACAAAGGGAGGAAGAAAACGAACAGUAGAUUUAGAUAAAGCGAUAAAUUGGUAUGCUAGAAAAUGUUAAGUUUGUGUUCCCCAAUUUUCUCAAAUCUCUUGUAAAUAAGUAUUGCUUUAUUAGUGUUUGUACUUUGUCAAACUUUUACAAAUAAGUAUAUUGUUAAAUUUAGACAUAAAAUGACCUAGGUCUAACAAGUACCUGCUACACAUAUAGUUGUCAUUCUAUCUUAAUAAGAGUCUAGGAAAUGAGAUCAUUAAACCCAUAUCGUAAAGAUUUUUGCCUUGUGAGACAUUCAUAUUCUUGACAGGACUUCAAUAAAAACCAGUUAGUCAGAACGUUUAAA